AUGGCUACGCGCGGCGAGCCACCCCGAAAACGCGCUAAUACGCGCCAAACGAGCGGAUUCGCGGACGGAGAUGCGGUGCGGGAGGCGCUGCAGAAUAGUAACCCGGAUGAAGUUGCGCAUGCUCUCGUCACGUUACGCAACCAACUAACGAUCAAACCGCACUCGCCCCCCAUCGCGCCCUCCGACGCGCGCCUCACGCUCCUCCACUCCUACCUCUCCUCCCCCCUCACGCGCGACGCCAAACAGAUAUUCGACAUCUGGUCCUGCACCCCCUCCAAGUCACCGCAACAGCUCGCCGCGCCGAUCUCAGCCUUAGCAGCCAUCCUCAACCUCCUCACGUCGCACUACACGUUCCACGCGCUCGGUCAGCCCAUCGUCAAAGCUUUACUGUCGACGCCCUGGAUACAUCAGCUGAAUGCGUAUUUGGGCUCGAGCAGUAACGAGCUCGUUAUUGCGGCGUUGAAGUGUUUGGUCGCGUGCGCGGGUUUCGCGGGGGGGACGGAGCAGCGCGCGCUGAUGGACGCGUUUGCAUGGGAGAGCAAAUCUUUACACAAACUGCUGUCUAUGCGCAGGCGCCCCUCCUCCUCCUCCUCACACAAAAAUGCUACUCCGGACCCGCUCGCGCAGCCGGACAUUCGCACGCUCUAUAUACUGCUGCAGCUGUCGUUCCUAAGCCCGACCUCGAGCGCAGCGGUCAAAAUCGCGCUGUUAUCCGGACACCGCGAGCAGUUCGCCGCGCUGUUCAAAGGGCUGCAUCAGGACCCGCCGGGGGUCGUGCAGAGGGUGCUCGAGGUGGCGUGGGGCGGCGCGUGGGGCGACGCGCGCGUGCCGCGCGCGGUGAAGGUCGGCGUGUUCGGCGAGGGGACGCUGGCGCACAUUGCGAAGCUGUACGAGCGCGAGCGGGCGGAGGACGACGCGCCGCAUGCGCCGGCCGAGCUCGCGCAUCAUUUUCUGCUGGCGCUGUGCACGCACCCCGGCUCGGGCGUCUGUUUUCGCGAUCGGGGGUGGUACCCGCGCGACACGUCCACCAACGAACCCAGCACCUCCCUCACCCCCGACGCCACGGAGGAAUUUGAGGGCGAAGUCGAAUCGGGAGCCAAGCCCCAAUCCCGCAUCCACAACCGCAUCCUCGCCAGCCUCCUCAAAUCGCUCCGACCAGCCGACGACGCGCGGCAGCGCGAGCUGAGCCUGCGCAUACUGGCCGCGUGUCCGGAGCUGGUGGCGGGGUACAGCUGGCCGGCGCUCGAGCCGAGGUUGUCGUCGAGGUGGCUGGCGAAUGUCGCGUUUAUGCGGGAGGUCGUGGGGAUGGGCGUGCCUGCUGACUCCUUUUUCUUACCCGGAACGCAAAAGGAGAGGGAGUACAACCCCUCCCCGCCGCCCCUCGCCACAAUCCUCGCCAACAUCCUCCCCCUCCCCGCGCUCAAAACGCACCUCACGAAAGGCCUGCAGUCGCCCGCGCCGCUCGUGCAGCACGCGUCGGCCCUGGCGCUGGCGAGGUGUCUGGAGAAGUAUGUGAGGGUGCGCGAGGCGAUGGGGGGCGUGGGCGAGGUGUUGGGCGAGGGCGAGGGCGGGCGGUGGAGUGGGAGGGCGAGGGAG